AUGAUGCACAUGCGCCCAGAAUCUACUCCUCCUCCUGCUCCUGGUCCCGGUCCCGGUCCCGGCCCUGGACAACUACCCACGACAACUACACUCUCGAGUCUCGACGCCGCCGCCACGCACAGGCAUGUACGAAUACCUACCAAGAACGAGAUGCUCGCUCGCACUCGUAUGUACUUACACCUUGACCCUGACCUUGCCAAACCCUCGUCAUCUUGUGCGGGUACGGAUACCUCGACGGCCCUGACCCGCCCUGGCCUGGACUCGACCCGACCCUAA